GCCAAAUCAACAUGAGAGACGCACGAGUGGAAGAUGUGGAACACGUGUCAGACUCCGACUCCGAAGAAAAGAACGACGACACUCGCAACCACCUCACAGUCGCCAUCUAUCCGCAACACCAGGUAACUGGGGGUCCAACGUACCUUCUUUUCGAGAGCAAAGCGGAUAAGGAUUCGUGGUUGUACCAUCUGACGGUGGUCAGUGGUGGCGGGUUGAGUCAGGGGACGCACUUCGAACAAUUGAUACAGAAACUCAUGGAGACUGAUGGCGAUCCUAAUUGUGUUCUAUGGAGGCAUCCGACAUUAUUGUACUCUAAAGAAAACCUCACAUCUCCGCUCACAUCACUCAACUCUGAAGCCUUACAAGCAGAAGCCUUAAAACUAUUUAAGUGCGUCCAACUAUUCAUGUCGGUGGCAGUGGAGCAAGCCGGCAUCGAUUACCACGUAGUGCUAGCACAGAACGCGUUGGCGCAGUGUCUAGAAGUAGGCGAGCUACAAGACGAGCUCGCUUCAGUACUAGCUCGCCAGACGACCCCACACACCUCUACAAAGCUCGGCGUACAGGUAACGCCAACCCGCCGCGCCCGCAUAAACGUUAAGCCCACCAAGCUUAAGAAUGCGCCGUUGUUAUCAGUGGACUGCAAGAGCAACCCUCCGACGUAUAGUUUUGUACAAGGAUGGCAACUACUGGCUUUGGCCGUCAGUCUGUUCGUACCACGAAAUAACAGGCUGCUUUGGUAUCUGAAGCUUCAUUUGAGUAGGCAUGCGGACUCUAAAACGGAGUGCGGUAAAUACGCGGCGUACUGCGCGCGCGCUUUAGAACGUACCAUCCGUAACGGUGGGCGAGAAGACAAGCCGUCCAGAAUGGAGGUGCUAUCCAUACUAUUGAAGAACCCCUACCACCACUGCCUGCCCCAUGCUAUACCUGUUCACAUGCUCAAUAAUACAUACCAGGUGAUAAGUUUUGACGGGUCGACGACCGUAGAAGAGUUCUUGUCAACACUAAGUACGGAACUUGGAUGUAGGGAGUCAGCGGCUUCAGGGUUCGCGCUGUUCAGCGACGAUCCUAUCGAAAAAGAUCUGGAACAUCAUAUAAAACCUGAUAAAAAGCUCUGCGAUGUGAUAUCAAAAUGGGAGACAGCGCUCAGAGAGAAGGGCUCCGGGAAGUUCGAAAACUCUCGAGUGAUCCGACUUACGUAUAGGAAUAGGCUCUACUUUAAGAACUCAAUACGAACAGAGACUGACAAGGAGAGGUUACUACAGUGUUACCAGGUUAAUCAACAAGUGGUAGCAGGUCGUUUCCCAGUUACAAGGGAGUUAGCAGCGGAAUUGGGCGCGUUAAUGGCGCAGCUAGACAUGGGAGACUAUUCUGCGGCCAACACGCAACACAACCAACCUUUAGCACAUCGGUUCUAUCCCUACAGAUAUAGAGCCGGCCUUAGUAAUGAUGAAUUGAGGGACGUGGAAGAGAAGUUGCGGUCAAAAUGGGUGGCGCUUAAAGGUCGGAGUAGUGCGGACUGCGUGCGGAUCUACCUCAACUGUACGAGGAAAUGGCCUUUCUUUGGUGCUACACUGUUCCAGGCUAGAAUAAAACAGCCGGAUCUAUCGAUGGUAUGGCUGGCAGUAUCAGAAGAUGGCGUCACGGUGUUAGAGCUAGCGUCCAUGGCCGUUAUAGGCCGGUACGCACUCAGCUCUAUUGGACUCUUUGGUGGAUUACAGGAUGAUCUGAUGAUGCUAAUCGACGCCGAAGACGCAGCGAGUCCAGUACACAAGAUGUUGAUUAGUCUCAACAAGCCAAAAAUGGCAGAGCUAACGCACCUAAUAGCGGACUACAAGAACGCCCUCCUCCGCGGCGGAGGGCCGGGCACGCCGCAGAUGAACUCCCUGACCCGCAACGGCAGCCACCGGUCGGUGCGCAAGGCCACGUCGUCCUCCCUGCCGCACUCCAGCCCCUGCACGCUGCAGCACGCCGCGCACGCCGCCCACGCCUCGCACGCCGCCGGCACGCUCACGUCGCACGCCACCACGCUGUCGGACCGCAACAACACGCUGACGCUGAGCUCGCACUCGUACUCGCACGAGCGCCAACUGGCGCACGGCCAGCCCGACAUACUCAAGUCCACGCCCGACCACCACCGCGCCGACAAGAAGCGAGCGCAUGCGCACGACUCCAGCGUCGCGUGACUACCGCCCCGCCACCCCCCGCAUCCACAUUAGGGGACGGCCUUGGAGCGACUGCUUUGGGAACAAGGCGUGCUGAGGUAACUCAUUCUUUAAACUUGUGCGAAUUCUUGCCCAAGUAGACUAUACAAUCUUUACUAACGUGUUAUUGAAUGCGUUGUUAUACUAGCAUCACACUUGUCCCAACUAACUCUCUUGUACAGUGUAAUUAUGUAAAAUUCUCAAAGCGGUCGCCUCAUUAUAACGAUUAUUAUUUAUAUUGGAGGAUAGAAAAUGGCCCGCAAACAAAAACUAAGAUAGCAUUCCACCAAAUAUAUAGUACGAUGGGAAAUAAACGAAAUAUUAAUAUACCUCAUAUUUUGUAGCGAACGAUUCAGCCUAUUUUAUUGGCUUUUUAAUGAUGAUAGAUUAAAAAAUAGUUUAUAGUUUAUUUUUUCAGCGUAAUAUUGUUUGAGAUGUUGCUAUGCUACGAUAGUGGUUUCGGCUUGAUGUGUAAUGAUAUGUAUGUACGAUUCGUAUGAAUGUCUCGAUGUUUAUAUGCAGUUUAAAUGCCAAUUUUAUACAUGUAGUUGUAUAUGUACGUGUACAGGGCGCGAUAAAUGGUACCUAGAAUAUAUUCAUAGCGAAAUUUCCUGUAUAUUUUUUCGACAGUAUUCUUCUAUACAUGCUUCGAGUUACACAUUACAGCUAGAGGCAGAUAUUAUUAUUAUUUCGAAAUAUACUUAUAUCCGUUUGAUAGCUUUUUAUACAAAUAUGGAUAUUUAAGCACAAAGCGAAGGGAAAUAGUGUAUUUGAGUGCUAUUUGUAAAUGAUACAUUUAUCUAACCCUGUACUAGUUAGAUUGGAGUCCAUUUAGCAUAAUACCCGGGGCGUCCGGGAGAUUCUAAUCUUUUGUACUAACUGUGCUAGUUCGGGUAGAUCUGUUCUUUCAUUCGACUGACAUGGGAGUGAUUGCACUGGCGUUUGAUAUGACUGAAAGAGACAAAAUUUAUAUUAUUGAAAAACAAAACUGGUGGUCAUACUCUAAAGAGAAACGAUUAAAAAGAGAAAUGUAUUAGAGUUGUUAUAAUAAGCUUGCAAUCCUGACAUAAAUAUCAAUGUCUAACAUUUUCUUUAUUUGGUAUAUUUAAUUUCAAAUGUGUUGUAACUUUUAUUUAAGCCAUUAUCCGACAGUUUACAGUUGAGAGCAAAUCCUCCACUAGCGUGGCUCACAUGUUGUCCCCCAUGGCGUUCAGCGCAAAAAUAGUUAAUUUAUAUAAGACUUUUUAGACUGCAAAAAAGGUUAAUAAUCAUAAACAAAUAUAUUCUUGAGAAGGUUGAGCUCAGGUUGAUUAAAAAAAGUUGUAUUGAACGCCAGUGCAUCCGCGGCCUAAUAAUAAAGGUGUGGACACGUGCUAGUGUGAAUCUCAAUGUAGAAUGUACAUAUGUAGAAUCGGC